CAAUCUUUGAAAAUGGGCCGUGCUAGAAUUCCCAUUAAGCUAAUCGAUGAUUCGAAAGCGCGAAAUACCACUUUCAAGAAGAGAAGCCGUGGUCUGCUGAAAAAGAUGUUUGAAUUUGCAACAUUGUGCAGUGUAGAUGCUUGCAUGAUAUGUUUUGGGCCAGAUGGAGAUCGACUAUACGCUCACGAGACAUGGCCGAAAGAUCCAUUGGAAGUAGAACACAUGAUCAAACGGUAUAGAUCCCUUUCUAUAGGAGAACGAGACAAGCGAAAGGUCGACCUUUCAAGAUAUCUAAGUGAAAGGAAGAAGAAACUCGAACAUGAACUCAAUCAAUGGAAUGAAGAAAAAUCCCGAGUGGAAUACCCGACGUGGGAUUUCCAAUUGAAUGAAUGGUCCGAAGCAGCAUUGCGUGAAUUAGCGGUUACAUUGGAUUCAAAGAUAGAGAUUGUAAAAAGAAGAAUCAGAUUUUUUAAAGAUAAGGAAAAAUUACAAGGGAGAGAGAUUGUGAUUUCGCCACAAGUGAAUUCAGAUCAUAUGCAAAGCGCAUUGGGUAUGUACAUCAAUGCAUUGGAUGAUGUUCAACUCGCACCAUUUCCACCUUGCUUCGACCCAUUGGAUUCACUUCAAAUAGAAGAGAAAUUUCCUUAUGGUUCGACUUCGAUGGAUGCCAGUGCAAUGCUUCCGAUAUCAAAUUACAGUGAUUUUAAUGAUACUUACGUCCACAUUUCACAGUGUCAGCCGUCCUAUAAUUCGAGAUUUCAUGCAUUGGAGGCAGAUGUUAAUGGUCAUACAAUUUUUCAGAAUGAUUUCAAUGUUGGGUAUCUGCAUCAUGAGGCCCACCAUUUCCAGCCAUUGAUUCAUGGGUCAUCUUCUUGUAUGAAUCCACAGCCUACUAAUGCUGUAUUCAUGUCGCAUCAGAUGCCCCACCGACUGUUGCCUCAAGCUAACCAUCCGUAUUAUGGGCCCCUUGAAGUUCAGGAAGUCAAGAUUGAUCCUAAUAGAGAAAUGGAAGUUGGUUUUAUGCAAAGAGGCAGCUCCGAGACUUUUCCUUCUAAGGUUUGCCAUCUCUGCCAGAAAUGCCUGGAAAGUAAAGAUAUUUUCAUGUACAGAGGAUUAACUUUUUGCAGUGUAGAGUGCCGCAAGCAUCAGAUUGAUACAGAUGAGGUCACCUUCAAAGCUGAAUCCCUCAGGAGGAAGGGCAAUUUCGGAAAAGAAAGUCUAAAACUUCCUAUUCGUGGGGUCUUUCUUGAUGAUUUUUGA